AUGGCAACCAGCGAUCUGUCAGGGGACGGCUGGUGUACAUCACAGUUAAAGGUUGUGCUUCUUGGUGGCAGAAACUGUGGAAAGAGUUCUCUAGGAAACUUAAUUCUGGGUAAAGAGGAGUUUGUCACCAAGGAGACGACCUCCUGCUCCCGGAGGCUGUGUGUGGUGGCCGGACGGUGGCUCACAGUGGUGGACACUCCAGGCUGGUGGUGCGACUUCAGCUCCCAGGACUCAUCUGAGCUGGUGAAAAGGGAGAUCGUGAACAGCGUGGCUCAGUGCUCUCCAGGCCCACAUGUAUUUCUGAUCACUGUCAAGGUGAGCUCAGCCUUCUCAGAGAAGCGUCGCAGGGCUGUGGAGGAGCAUGUGGCCCUGCUGGGUGAGAAGGUUUGGGGCCACUGUUUGGUUGUCUUCACCUCAGCUGACCGGUCUAAACACAAACAAGCAGAAGAGCACGUAGAGUCGGGGGGAAAGGCUCUCCGCUGGCUUAGUGAUAAAUGCAACCAGAGGUGUCACAGUGUUAUCUUGAGCAAUGAGACUGAAGUCACAGAGCUGCUGGUGAAGAUACAGAAACUUGUCACAGAAAAUGGAAACAGAGUGUUUGAGAUGCAGGAAAGCAUUUUACAGUUGAAUGCAGAGGAGACGAGAGGAGUGGAGGAGAGAGCUCAGAAGAGGUUUAUGAAAAUAAAAAAGCACAGAUCUGUCAUGAAAGAGAGGCUGCGGCCCAUUACUAAUAUCAGGGUUGUGCUGUUGGGAGCAAAGGGUUCUGGGAAGACCUCAGCACUUAACACAAUCCUGGGCAGAGAGAUCAACCAGCGACCCGGCAGAACAGCUCAGUGCCUGGUUGGAGAAAGAGUCGUGUUUGGUCGACAGGUGACCGUGGUGGACACACCAGGCUGGUGGAUGAACUACUUCUCUGAUGAUAGUCCCAUCUUCGACCAGAGGGAGAUCCUGCUCAGUUUAUCUCUCUGUCCUCCGGGGCCUCAUGUGUUCCUGCUGGUGAUCCGUGUGGACAGAGCCUUCACCGAAACCUAUAGGAGAGCAGUGCAGGAGCAUCUCGAGCUGAUCGGUGUACAUAUCUGGAGUCGCACCAUUGUGCUGUUUAGUUUCGGGGACUGGCUUGGAGGCAUGACGACUGAGCAGUACAUCGAGAGUGAAGGAAAGCCUCUGCAGUGGCUUGUUGAAAGAUGCAACAACAGGUAUCAUGUUGUGAACAAUAAAAUGAGAGGAGAUGGAUUUCAGGUGAGAGAACUGAUUGGGAAGAUGGAGGAAAUGGUGGCCGGCAGUGGCGGCUGGCAUUAUGAAUUAGAGAGGAAUGUGUUGGAACAGCUGGAGGUGAGAGUAAGAAGAGAGAAAGAGAGAGCCAAGGAGAGACUGAUGAAGAAGGGGACACAAAGGCAGAUGGCAAGGUCUCAGAUGGAGAAAGUCAACCCUCUCCAAGAGAUGAGAAUAGUGCUCGUUAGUGGCAGGAAAACCGGCAAGAGCUCCUGCGGAAACACCAUCUUGAGCAGUGAGUGCUUUGACACAGAAAGCCAAACCACUUCCUGUACUGAAAAACAAGCCAAAAUCAGAGGCAAGGUGGUGACAGUGCUGGAUACGCCCGGCUGCUUCUCUGUGACCUCUGACAUCCUGAUGGCUCCUUCACCCUGUGCUAUCGUUCUGGUUGUCAACGUGAGCUCCUCAUUCAAAGAUGCCCACAGGGAAGCCUUGGAGAGACAGCUGGAGGCAGGAGGAGGCCCGGUGUGGAGCAGAGCAAUGGUCCUGUUCAGCUAUGGAGACUGGUUGGGAGACACGGGCAUUGAGCAGCGCAUUGAGGGUGAAGGAGAGCCACUGCAGAGGCUUGUUGAGAAGUGUGGGAACAGAUACCAUGUACUGGACAAUAAACACAGGGGGAAAGGAGCUCAGGUUUACAAGCUCAUCGAACUGAUAGAGGAGAUGCUGGUGGAAGAAAGGCUGGCUAUUCUUCAGAAAGGUGAUCACAUGGGGAGAAGUGUUUAUUCAGCACAGGAGCAGCAGGUGGACACAGUGAUGUCCUGUAAAGAGGAUUUAAAGCUGCUUAUGAACAGCAGACACGAGACAUCCAAUGACUUGACUGAGUCAGCCACUUCCACUGCACGUCAGCCACUUCACUGCUCAGAGGUUGUAAGGGAAGAUGGUCAGAUUGUGGCACUGCCAGCAGGAAGAACUGCACAGGCUGGACUCUCCACCCGGAGGUGGACUACAACAGGUCAACCAAGGUUAACGAUAAAUCUGCCUGCCUGGUUCCCGACUGAUGAUUCCUACAGCCACUUACGACUGAAUGGGGAAUGCCUCUUCUCACACAAACAUCCAACAGUGGUUUUGGUUUUGCCUCAAAUGCAACACAGGAUGCUUACAGAGGGAAAUAUUAUUAAUGUCCAUUCACUUUGCAAUCCUGCACUGAGAGAGAGCACACUCAGGAGGCCGACUGAGCCUGUAGACCUGCAGGCUCUCAUCAACCAGUGGGGCGACAGCAGCCUUGAGGAACUGGAAACUUUCAUUGACUCAUACUUUGAGACUGUGUGGGAGCAAGCCAUGGCUGAAUCCGACUGUUCUGUAGAGCAGGACCCUGUGAUUGAAGAGGCUGGAGAGGAGGUGCUCUCAUCCAUUGACAAAAAACUUUCAAAGCUGGAUCUACUUGAGGAGAUUAAGAGGGAUCUGGCAGAGGUGAAGAAGAGUCUGGAGCACAGCUGGAAGGCCAUACAGGAACUCAAAGAGAAAAGCAAACAGGAUGUCGAUAAUACAUGUUGAUGCAGGGUUGACAGGAAUCAAGGAUGAGGCGUGUCAGACAGGAUUGUUAUUUCAUCAAGAAAAAAUGUAUUUAUAUGCACUUUUGAUUAGUUUAUGUCAGCACUCAUAAAACAUCACUCCUUUGAAUGAAAAGUUGUUACAUUUCUCCACAAGGGGGCGCUCCUGGAUAAGAUUAAGAUCUGUAUAACGGUGCUUGGGCCCACUGAUCCAUCAGACUUCAGGUUUUUGUGUGUGUUAUUCUUAGGAAUCUGUAAAUAUAUCAAAUAAAGUGAGUCUAAUGGUUUUACUAUAUGCUACUUGGAAGAAUAGAAACUAACUUUGAAAUGAAAAACAUUUAACACAACAUUAGCACAACCAAAAGUAUGUGGACAGCCGAACAUUACACCCAGAUGUGUACUUCUUUAGGUGUUUGUGUGUUGACGCAGUUCUCAGGCAAGUUUUUGAACCUGGGCUCUGUGAUGGUCUUGUUUUGAGGUCUACUGCUGUAUGUGGAAAGGUGUUUCUAAUAUUUUGCCCACCCUAUUUAUAUAUGUGGAGAAGCAAAGAUAUUUGAAACACACUUCAGGAUAAUCCAAUCCAGCAGAACAAUGCCUCAGUCUUAACCACAGCCCCCUAGCAAGGCUUCAACAACAAUUAUGAAUGAUAUAAUAUAGCAUGAUAAAUAGACAUUCACUAUGUGGCCACAAGUAUGUGCACACAGGGAGAUUAAACUAACAGCCCAAAACCAUAGACUUCAGUCUCCUGCUUUUAGUUUUCUGGGAAGACUUUCCACCAGAUUUUGGGAGCCGGUGGCAGAGUUUUCGUCCCAUUCAGCAACAUUUGCAUCAGUGAUCAGGCACUGAUUUUGGGCAAUAAGGUCUAACUUACAGUCAGUGUUCCAGUUCAUCCCAAAGGUGUUGAAUGGGGUUGAUGUCAGAGCUCUUUGCAGCCUAGUCUCCUCAAGCUUGUUGACUAUAUACUUUUGGUCUUAUAGUGUAAUUCUCAAAACAUAUCCCUUAGUAAUGUGGUAGAACAGAGAAAAUAGAGCAUCCAAAUAAUGAAAAAAAAAAUUGGCUAAAUCAUCCUACAUCUGUUUGGCAGCAGAAGAAGUGAAACACUGUGUUUUCGGUGCCACCGCUGACAUGUGGAAAACCAAGACAGAGUGCAAACUGAAGAAGACAUGAAGGGAUAUUUAUUCCUCUCAUGAUUCACUAACCUUUCCUAUCAAAUGAUUCACUCCAAUCUGUCAGGAUGUUACAGAAACAUUAAAGACUUAUGUUGAAAUUAACGGCUGUCAGCUGUGUAGAAGAAUCCGCAUGUUUGUUUCUUCCAGUUUACAGUUAAACACUCUUGCUUCUAGGAAUCUUACAAAGGUUAAAAACCGGAAGUCUAUCCAACCAAUACAAUUUUCUUUGUAGAAAAAAACAGAGAAUCUGUGCGGCUUUCAUUCACAGCCUUUUUAAUUUUUUUCCUCCAUCGUUUGUCAAGGGCUUUCAAGUGAGUCACACACAGAGUCACAUAUUACUGCAGGAUACAGAGGGUAAUAGCACUCUGGCAGAGUAAACACUGUGAAAGUCCUUUGCUGUCAAGGCUGAUUCUGAAAUACUCACAAAUAAAAAUGUAUGGUUACACCAAGGAAGCAGGUGGCACUUUUUUUUUUAGAUGAAGGCAAAGUUGUUUGAUCUAGAUUAAGUUUCCUGUUCUGGGUGGGACAUAUUUGAAAUCUGAAAGCUUUACUUUUGUUUGCUGUUUUGAAAUGUAGACAUAUCUGCCUGAGUCUGAUGUAUUUGUUCCCCACAAGGCAAUAUCACAGUGUUCCCCUCCCAUUUAUUAAAGCUGCAUUAGGCGACUUUGCACGUUGGUGGCUCCACAUGGCAGUGAGAGAUAACCGCUUGAAAAUUUCAACCUCAAAUAACAAGAUAUGAUGUAAGGUGACAUCAGUGAACUCAACACAGCCUGCCUGUAUUUUUCAUGCAUUUUACAUUUGAAUCACUGCUGUUUAGAGAGCAUAUCCUCCCAAGAAAAAGGAAACAAUAGGUCAAAAUGUCAGUCGCCAAAAAUGACCUAUUCCAUUUGAGUGACAAACGCCAUCUAGUGGCUGUAGUAGUUAUGACCAUGGCUGUAUGAAGAGAGCCAGCUAUAGUGAAGGAGG